GAAAAUUUAAUUUAUUAUUUGAUAUUUCAUAAACAUCCGAAGAAUUCAUAUACAGAAAUUACUUUGUUGCAAAAAAGAGUUGUUUAUAUUUCAAAAUGAUGAGCAAAACGCAGAGUAAUAAUGAAAAUGUUUUUCAAAAUACUCAACCGCUAUCUAAAAAUGGCGACACAACCAGGAAGCAUCAAAUUAAAAAGCAAGUUUUUGGGGAAAUUAAAAAUGUUAUUCAUAACCACAGAAUUGCAACUCCUUUAAAGCAAGAUUCUGUAAUAAAUAAUGGCCCGUCAUCCAAGAAUUUACCCUGCACCUCCAUACGAAAUAUACAACAAAUAAAUGAAUCAAAAUACAUAAACAUGCAUAAAACACAGAAAACGAACUCUUUAUGCAAUAGCAUACUUGACGAAAAUAAUUAUUUGGAUUAUUUUGAUUUUCGAGGACAAUGCUGCUCAAAGCCACAUAAAAGUGAUCAACAAAUUUGGUCGGAAAUGAAUUUGUAUGAUGAUUCGUUUUUGAACAUGAUUGUGGACAGCGGUCAACUGGACAAAUAUGAGGAACCUAAUUGUGAAGUUACUACCAUCAAUGAUAAUGAAAGUGAUCCAGAGUUAUUUUGUGAAUUAAAACAUGGGUUCAAUCACAACUAUUGGCCCGAUAAAAAUGACUUCAAAGGAGAAUCCGAUAUACAUUUAUAUUUAGAGAAGCCACUUUUAUUAAAUGAUUUUCAAUUUUAAGUUACUGAUUAGGUGUUUGUAUUUAUAUUUAUUUAUGUAAAAUUGUUAAUGAAAAUUUUUUAAAGACAAAAUAAUCAUAAAGGAUGUUAUGAAAAUUGAUAUUGACAUUUCACAUUAAUUGAAUUGUUGAAAUAAACGAUUUAUGCCAUAUUUAUAUAAAAAUAUGUUGAAAUUAUCUCUGUUUUAUAUAACUAAAUGUUAAGAAUUCAGCAUAUAUUAUUUUAAACUUCCAUUUAUCCCACUACAACAUGAACGAUGUUAUUAAAAUCAAAAAAUAUUAAAAAAUAGAUUAAGUUUUAUUUUCUAUGUUAUUUUGAUUUUUUUUAUUAUUUCGAAUAUAAACAACAUUUUAAAUAACAUACAUAUGUGCAAAAACAAAUUUUGUUUAAAUUUGA